AUGAGAACCAGAAAUUCUGAUUUCUUGUUUAUUUUCUCUACCCUGCUAACAACAGCAACCAGCUUGGUGAUUUAUGAUUCUCCAUUGGCUGAGGCAUGUACAUCAUUUACCCGGACUCUAGACUGGGGCUGCUCAGAUAAUGCGGGUCAUAUGAAUGUGAAUAUAUGGUCUUGCCAAUGUGCAAGUAUUGAAUGGUUAGGAACAGUGACAAACUGUAUCAAGAAGUAUGGAAACAGUACACAUGAAAUUACCCAUGGAUACGAGCAUAUCAUGAAAAGAUGUAAGGCAAAGGCAAAUCUCACGUACACGCUCUCUGAUAUGUUGGCUUUCAAAAAGAAUGCUACAGAUUACAUUGAGCCAUAUUCAGAAGAGGAUACCACCAAUGUUUUGCAACACCCGGUCUCGAUUCCAACUACAAAUUUCAUAUACUACUACAGAAGUUAUUUUGACUUUGCUGAGGCUAUUAGAUUAUCUCAAAGACUAGGAUGGGGAUCUGUGGGAUAUUGGCUUGGUGUAUUUGGAAUUGCUGCAAUAUGGCAUUGGUUGGAAAUAUUCUACAAACUGCCACCUUCUUACCAGAAAUUCAUCACCAGAUACUUACUCUUACCUCAUGAUAAACUCCUAAGUAUGAAUACCUGGGAAUGGAUAGUUUGCUUUUUCUUCUGUAUCGAGGUUUUGCUAUCAUGCAUUAUCAAUUAUGAUACACCUUUAGGAGCAUAUCUUGCAACACAAUAUUAUAAGAUGAUCGAUCUUGUGUCUUUCAGAACAGACUUGAUUGGAUUUUCUGUUAUGCCAGUUGUAUACUUGAUGGGCACAAGAAACAACCCAUUUGUAUUAUUUGGAGGUUAUAAGAGAUCGCAAAUGAUCAAAUAUCAUAAAAUUGUGGCUUGGGUACUCUUUAUUAUGGCUAUCAUACAUUCAUGCAUUUGGACCAGAUAUCCAAUAGUUGAAGGUGGCGGAUAUUCAACUUGGGUCCAGGACAGUUAUUUCCAAUGGGGAAUAGUUGGUUCAGUCUGCUUGGGAGUAUUGCUAUUACAAGCUUUCAAAUUAUUCAGAGAUAUUAUGUAUCAGGUGUUUCUUGUGCUACAUCAGCUGUUAGCCAUAUUAUUUAUUGUAGCAAUGUGGCUCCACUGCAAUACUCUUGGAUGGAUGGGCUGGGUUUACUCUUUAGUUGCUAUUAUGACGCUUGACAGGGUUUGCCGAGUGAUGAGAAUCCUUCAGAAUGGACUUGUCAAUGAGGCUCAAGUGGAGUGCUACAAUAAAACAAUUCUAAAGCUCACAUUUCACAAACCCAAAUUCUUUAUCUUCUUUACAGGCUGCCAUGUAUAUUUGCACUUUCUCAAUCCAUGGUACACGUGCUACCGGUCGCAUCCUUUCUCCGUAGUGAAGUCAAUAAACUACGAUGGAAAGCUAGAAAUUUACAUUCGCGUGAAGAAGGGAAUGACAAAACGGAUUGCUUGUACAAAUGGAACGACAAAGGUUCUUAUAGAUGGUCCAUACGGUACAAUUAGCAGACAUCAAAGUGAUGAGAGUGAUUCAAAGUUUGACAAGAUAAUUGGAAUAGGAGGAGGAGCAGGAAUAACGUCAAUUCUAGCAAUCAUGAACCAGAUCCCAGAAGGAACAAAAAGCAGGUACUACGUUUUGUGGUUGACUAACUGCCAAUCUGAUAUUGAAUGCCUUGCUGGUCCAUUGGCAGGGCUUGCUAAAAAAAAGAAUGCUUUCAUCGAAGUCUACGAUACAUCCAAAGAAGAUGAUGAAUCUCAAGUUACCAACGAAAAAAGUGCAUUUUCGAGCGAUAGCAACUCCGGACACGGCAUUAGUGAGAAAGAAUGCUCUCUGAUAAAUUUCCAUAGACAAGGCCGCCCAGAUCUUAGCAAACAUAUCCAAUCAAUAACCAAGGAAAGCUCAAAGGUGAAAAUAUACACAUGUGGGUCGUCAAAAUUUGUGAGAAGUGUUGAUGUUAUUGCUGAAGGGCUAAUGGACACGGGUAAGUUUGUGGAGUAUCAUAAUGAGAAUGGUGAAUGGUGA